UAGGGGUUGGGAUAUUUGCACAAUCUCCCCAAAUCUUUUGCCGAACGGACCUUCCUUUGGGUUUCUCCUGUUCCUGAAACUUUAGAAUAGCGGUUACGGCCCGCAGAAGGGGUUUACCAAUAUUGUCUCCACCGCUCCGUAUAGUCUACCGGUAGCUCCGCGUUACACCAGGAUUCUUGACAAAGGCAGAUACCCCGACGAAACUUUCAAACGUCCCGAUCGGCAAGGGUUAUCGAGGCGAAUUGAACGAACGAUGAUCCGAACGGUGGUACUGUAAAUUUACGGCGCAACGGUGCAACAAACGAAACCAACGAACGACGGGCUACCAAUGGCGCGCAAUGAACACCACCAAACGAAACGAAACGCCAAGCUCUCACACACGGACUGAUCGCACAACUCGUGAGGGGGAAAAACUCUUAAACUCUUCAUUUCGUCUACUUCUCACUAUCGCGCAUUAACUGGCUAACGGUAAAGAUCGGAGUAUAUACCAACGACAAAGCAACAAACUAAGUCCUAUCCUUCCAGGUACGUCUCCCGCUCACUAGUAAACAAGAAACUAACAAAGGGAAGACAAACUUUCGCUAUCCAUGGCCUCCGGCCAUCCUUACGGGCCUCUCUCCUUCCCUUCCAGCCUUCCCGCAUUCUUCCCGGCGGGUGCACUGCCUCAGGACCUCCGCGUAUUGCCGCGGCCAAAAUGCUUUCCCGAAAAGCCGAACUGCGUGGGCAGAAGCCGAAGCUGAAGUGCGCCCGAAACCAAAGAUGCACUCCCAGAAAAUAUGCGAACAAGAAAACCAUCGCAAAAGCACGCCGAGCAACGCCUCGUGAUUUCCAACGGAAACCCGGCGAAUGCGGCAAAUAGUGUUAGCCGCCCCAAGGCUUCUUACACUUCGGAAAUGAGCUUCGGGUUCAGGAUCGGGCGGGGCCACGAGCCGGUGCGUGACUCCGAAUACAGUUCUGGCACGAGGCGGCUGCUGACCUGAGACUCGCUGAGUGAUGAAGGAAGUAAGUGAACCUGGCCAUUCAAUGUUCUUUGCUCUUGGGCGUGACAACUGCUGACCUCUCGCUUAAUGGGUCUUGCGGUUUGUAAAUAGGCGGGACCAGCUACAGCUCUGGGACGGGACAGUUGCUCACAUAUAGCUCGCCAAAUGUUGCAGGACGCAAGUGCACCAGAUCAGCUGCGGUUCCGGGAGGGCAAUUUCUGGCCUCUGGCCGGCCGGGAGGUUUGGGACAUGAGUGAAUGGGUCUGGCCACUGUUCCUAGACGAGAGAAUUUCUGACCACUGGUUUUCUGGGAGGUGUAGGCGGCGAGCAGACCCGUGUUUCCCUUGUCCUCUGUUCCCACUUUCCUGACAUAUUUAGUCUGCUAUCUCAGAUAGUAAAUUAUCGACGAUAGAUAAUCCUUGAAUUAUUGCCCCCAGCUCAUCAAUAAAUCUUUUGCUCCGGUUUCUUGCUGUCUCGCACUGGCGCGUGUCACCCCGCAUAGCCAUUCGGCAAACAAAGGAGGUGGGUAACAUGAUUCUAUUGCAACUAACUGCAGCUGGCAGGAUAUUUGUUGACCCCUCUUGUAGCCCGUGAGUCCUUCGAGUAUACUGCCCUCGCCUCUUUUGGAUUGCAAAUAACCCUACACUAUUUUCACAUACAAGACACUCCUGAUCCGCAAGUAUUGCUUAACCAGAGCCUGAUCUUCUAGUCCAAACGGCCGGUCCUGCUACUGGUGGUAAUUACGUCCCUUCUCUGGCUGGUGCCUAUAUGCCCCACAAACUCUGGAGUAGGUUAAACGUUUUUAACGAGUUAUCCGUUGGAGACCCGCAGCUAGCCCAACAUAACGAGUGGGUCCUGCCCAAUGGUUCCCGGGACUCACUAUCCAGCCUCCUUUCCCUUCCUUUUCGUUAUGAGAUUUUUUUUUUUUUAAUUGGGGGACAUGAUAUCCACAGGACACAGGAAUUCGAGGGGAUGGCUAUGGGUAGCAUGCACUGUUACUAUUAUACCUGUGCUCGUGUCGUCUCCAGAUUUUUUCUCCCUCCGCAAGGGUACAUAAGCAUUAAAGGCCUCGGUGGGGGGGAAUCACUGUACCAUUACUAGCAUUAACCACGGUGUUAACAAUAGGAUGCACAAGACCAGCUUCACGGCGGAAAACCCCCGGAGGAGAAGAAUAUUUGGGUAACUUGCCCACUCCUCACACUAACUUGGCAUCCCCUGGGGUUCGUCCUAAGUACCAUAAGUGGAAGAGAACUGGGAUAACUAGUCGAGAGAGUUUUACCCUUGCCCCCACUCUCCCGAGCCUUCUGAAGGAAUUGGGUGCCGACAUUUUCAAUAAAUGCACGUUACCAGACACCCCCGGGAAAUAAUCCAGAUGUUUGCAUUAUAGUAGCCGUACGGCCCUCUCACUUUAGAGCAGGUCCGGGCAUCGCAAGGUGACCAGUAGGA